GCUCCCUCUUACUGCAGCGAUGCGCCUCCUUCACAGCAUGGGCGCCACCCCCGCCCGCCGCCUCGUCAAGAUCGCCGUGGUGGGAGCCAGCGGGGUCGGCAAGACCGCUCUGGUGGUAAGGUUUCUCACCAAGCGAUUCAUCGGCGACUACGAGAGAAACGCAGGAAAUCUGUACAGCAGGCAGGUUCAAAUAGAGGGAGAGACGCUGGCUAUUCAAGUGCAGGACACCCCAGGAGUCCAGCUUCAGGACCCGGGCUGGCACGAGCAGCUGAACCGGUGCAUCCGCUGGGCUGACGCCGUCGUGAUCGUCUUCUCCAUCACGGACCAGCACAGCUACGAGCUGAUCGGCCGGCUCCACCAGCACGUCCGGCAGCUGCGGCCGGGGGGCCGGCUGCCCGUGGUGGUGGUGGCCAACAAGGCCGACCUGCUGCACGCCAAGCAGGUGGAGCCGCAGCGCGGCCUGCAGCUGGCCGCCGUGCUGGGCUGCCCGUUCCACGAGGUGUCCGUCAGCGAGAACUACCACGAUGUCUACAACGCCUUCCACGCCCUGUGCAGGGAAGUGAGCUGCCUGCAGCAGCAGCAGGCUGGUGGGGCUCCUUUAAAGCGCAGGUCCUCCCUCCUGCCCAGGCCCAAGUCGCCCAACAUGCAGGACCUGAAGCGGAGGCUUAAGCAAGCCCUGUCCGCCAAAGUGAGAACCGGUACGGCCGUCUGAGAACGGGACUCGAAGAGGUUGUGCGCCGUUAGCCGCCCACGCCGCGGCGGCGGGGGGUCGAAGAACGGGGCCGGGGGCUUCCGUGGGACUCCUGCGGGAAGGGCGGCUCGCCUGGCAGCAGAUGGAAGCGGGGAAGCCACUCUGGCCGCACGACAGCCGGUCUGGAGCGCCGGACUAAGCGGAAGGGUGGGGGUCUCCUUCGGGGUGGCCGCCUGAGCCCACGUUGGAGCAGAGGGGCCGAGCUGGCCUGCCCUUUGGGGCCAGCUGGAAGGUGGAGGCGUCUGGGCCUCCCCACCCGGAGUUAGAAGCCCCAUCCACGGACACGAGUGCGGAUGGCUCCACCCUUGAGACGGGUGGGUGGGGAAAACCCCCAGGUGCCUUCCUUCAGAGUGAGGUGGGGUCACCCCCUGGCCUGGGUCCCCGCUCCCCGGCACGCUGCGGGCACAGUCGGCAGCGCAGAGGCUGGACUGGCUCGGCACGGGGAGGCCGCCGCUCGUGGCUCACGGGUGUCGGGCCGCGGCCACACGAGGAACCUCUUUCCAUUGCAGCGGCUGCGGAAAAGCCGGGGUGGGUGUGAGCGUGUCUGGCCAUGAUGGUGGCAGCGGCGAGGAUGUGGAAGGGGGACAUUCGGCAGAGCCAGGGCUGGCACGGGCGGUAGGCCAGCCCCCGCCCUCUCCCCUGGAUGCACUUUAAGGAGCCGCUCUUUGCUCAAACUGUUGCUUAUUUAUUUUCUGUUCAAUAAAUGUGGUUUGGCAGCCUG